CAGGGAACUAAAUAAUAACACAAAUGAAAUCCAUGAAAGGGCUUCAAGAGUCACUUCGAAGACAAGCACUUUGUAACCACGCACAACUUAAAAUCUAUUUCCACGAACAAUUAUAGACUAAGAAAUGGCUGUAACUUUGUUUUGUCAAAGUUAAAAGUGUUCUCUACGGAAGAGAGUCAUAUUUGAAACUGUUACCCGAUUUUUGAAAGCGAUAGAAAAAGGACCUUUGAAAAUUGUCCACGUAAACUAUGCAGGCUAUUCACCUCGAAUUUGGGCUUUUUAUCAUUUAUGAUAAUUUAUGAUAAUAAUUUAUGAUAGAGGAUUAUAAAUUUCCUGGUUUUAGAUAGUACCGCAUUUUUAUAAUUUACUUGGCGCCAGUUAUUGCGUUCUCCCAGACAGAGAUCAGAUAUUUAAGGUUGGGGCUAGUCACCUACGCUUGCUGAAUCCUGAAUUAGUAAUUUAAUGUUUAAUUUUUAAUUGCUUGUAAUUUUUUGAUCCAGAACGGUUUCCUCCUGGAUGACUUGUAGUAGUUUUCCAUCACAUCAAACUUGGCCGCAAUGAAGCUGCUAUGUUUGUUUAUACAUUUUCGCGGGCAUGUUCACUCUCGCUACCUGGAAGAAGCUGAAGUGCACCUUGCAGUAUUGAUAUCGCAACUUUCAGACUCGGUUAGGCUUUGGAGUGAUCAUGACCUAUGAUGAGAGCGAGAAUACUGUUUUUCGUAUAACGACUGAAACAGAUUUGGACUUAGCUUUCUUUAUGAGCCUCUGUUUCGCUACUGCCUUACUUCGCAGAUGCUAAAACAGAUUCAGCGUCAGUUCAAAUGAACAGCGAAAUUUGUGACUCGUGGUGUAAGUCCGAUUCAGACUUAAAAAAUGACUUAUUCGGGGAAGUCUUUUCCUACCUGGUUGCAAUUCUUGAAUAAGCUCUGCUUUCCACAUUUGAGCUCACUCGAACAAACAUUUAUUUCUGGUUUUUUUUGCUUAUUUUAAAUCAUUUGUCCAGUUAGCUGUAAAUGGCUAACAGCUGUGUGUUUGCUGUUGCUUUAACAACAGGUUACGCAAGCUACAAUUCGUUUUGCUCAUUGCAAUCAGCAAGAGAAAUUAACUUCAAGGCUUUAAGUUAUGUAUAUAUUCUCAGCAGAACUGCAUGUACAACAGGAGAGUAAGAUUUGGUCCGAUGAUUGUCCUCGAAACUUGACUCAGUCUCAACGUUAAACCGAGUUGAAUUGGAAACAAACAUCAGCCAUAACAGAGAGCCUCGAAAGCUGAACACGUGAUCUGCGAGAAACACCUGCGCAAGGUUCUCUGGAGUUAAAUGUAUGAAUAACAUUUUCAAAUGUCAGUCUAUGUGUAGGCACAGUGUUCAGCAAACGCUAUUGACAAAGGUGAAACGACGGGUGAUGAAAAAUUUCGUGUAGGCAGGAGCGAAUAGAUAAUUCACUGCGUGCAAAGAAUAAUUGCGAACAUUUUAAAAGGAGUAAGUUCAAGGUGCAGUGUUGAGGACAGGCUAGUGAAUUGCAAAUACACACACGUAUCGAUUUGCCAAAGAAAGAGUUGGCAAACAAAAAGACAUCAAUUGGAUGAAAUUCUUUCUGAUUCGUUGGUUUAGUGUUUACAAAGCUGCUGCAUAUUGCUUGGAAGAUCAACGAGAAAGCACAACGUAAAUUAUCACAUGAACUCAAAUUGCGUUGAAAUAUAAUGUAUUACUAGCGAUCCUGUUAACUCUGCUGUAAUGGGUACCACAUCUUCUGUGAAACAGCGUCCUGAAGAAAUUCAUUUCUCCGCAGAUGCAGAGAAAAGGCAAAAAACCACCGUAUACUCAGCGCGAAAGACAAACAAUGAAAUCGAAAGAAGCAUUGCCAGGGACAGAAAAAAGGAAAAGGGCACAUGAAAAUAUUAUGCCUUGGAACAUCUUGUUCAGGUAAAAGCACGAUUCUUAAGCAAAUGAAAAUCAUUCACCUUGGGGGUUUUGCUGAUGAUCAACACGAGAUUCACAGUGAUUCGUUUUUGUUUACAUUUGUUGUUUCUGCAAAUGAACUGUUAUCAAAGUUACCGAGCUAUGCGUGCGACUUGAAGACGCAAGAAGUUAUUCAGAAAAUAACGGAUUUAACAAACGUCCCUGCACAAGCAAUAAAAGAAGACCAAGAUGUAUUUACAAAGGUAUUACCAUUCUUUCGAUCUUACCAGGGCACAGAUAUCCUUUCAAAAUACGGACAUGGAGAGCAAUGUGGAGCAUUCCUGGUCUACUUUUUAGACCGGAUGGAUACCGUCUCGACUUACAAGAAAUUCAUACCGAACACGGAGGACAUUCUGCGUAUACGUGUACAGACAACUGGAGUAGUGUUCACCAAAUUUCGGUACAAGAAGACCAAUUUCUGUAUGGUUGAUGUCGGAGGACAGAAAACGGAACGACGCAAAUGGAUACAUUUGUUUGAUGACGUCAAGGCGAUAUUCUUUGUAGUCGAUCUGAGCAACUUUUUUGGCAUGAAUGAGAGUUUAGAUGUCUUCACCUCGAUUUGCACAACUAAAGCUUUAAUGGACGCGAGCGUGAUCUUGUUUUUCAACAAGGCGGACAUCUUUCAAGAGAAACGAAAUCUCUGGGAGCUUGCUAAGCAUUUCUCAGAUUUUAUCUCCACUCCCUGCAAUCACAGAAACACUGGCUUGUUUAUCAAAAAUAAAUUCGAAGAACGUUUUAGAAAGCACCACGAAAAAGGUUCCAUUUACUCAUUCUUCACUUGUGCUACGGACACACAGAACAUUGACAGAACAUUUGCAGCUUGCAGUGACAUCAUCCUUAAAAGGAGCCUCAGUGCCGCUGGUUUAUACUAAGUACACAAAGGUGACUAGCGUACAUGGGGUUUUACAUGAUGAUACAUUUUCAUGCAGCUCUUUGAGCUCUUUCAAAACUUACUUUGCGUUGCCACGGACAGCCAGUUUCAGUUACUAGUGGUGGAAACUUGAAAGAUGCUUUUGUUCUUUAUUCACACUUCGUUGUUUACAAGCGCUGCUAAUUUUGGUAUUAACUAGUACAACAAAGACCAAACUUCGAGGCAUGCGUGUUGAAGUGUCAGGAAUAAUCUUACACUUAGCUCCUUUUGCGCUAGAUUUUCACAUUCAAUUUCACUUCACUUGUCAGUAUAAAAAGCUUUAAAUUGCCAAGCUUUACUGAAUUUUUCACAUAAAGAAAUAACAGUCAAACUUGAGGCCUCAUAGAAUUAGCAUUGCCAGUGAUCUCUGCAGCUGUUUUUAAGGUAAAAAAGUUAGAAAUUAUUGAAGAUUUGCUCAUCAGGAAUGACUGAGGCCGAAAAGCGGGGAUUUAUUUUUAUGAAAGAACAAGGAGCCACAGGAAAAAUUCUCAAAUAACAAAAGCAAGAUGUAGAAAGGGGUUACGCUUCAGCAUUUAAAAGGCUUGUCUCUACAUUUCUGCUCCUGUCUCUACAUUUCUGCUAACAAGUUUUCGACGAUAAUUGUAUAUCUCUUUGUUUAUCGGGACUGCCAUGUGUGUCAAAGCCUUAGUGAAAGAGCAGGUCAGUGAAAGCGUUAGUGAUAAGGCCCCUUGUCGCCCAGCCCUUUCAAUGAGGCACUGGUACCCAGGGUAAGUCGGGACAUGAGCUUUAAAAACAAACACAAGAUAGGGUCUGCAUUUGUUGAAGACCGGUUGUUAAGUCAACUGUCUUGGAUACUUUGGGAUUCUAAACUUUCAAAUGUAUGGGCAUGCCCAUUUGCAUCGAAGAAGAGCAGACUUCACUCUCCUUGAAAAAUGCAAAAUAAGAAAUUUGGUUGUACCGAUUUAAUGAGCCUUGAUUUAAUCUGUACACAAAGCAAAUUCUUAGAAUAAACGAGAACUCUUGAUGAAAUGGUAAGGCGAACUGAUAUAGAAAUUCAUUUAAGAAGGCUUGCUCUUCACGUCGCAGAUCCAGCUUUUAAGAACUUUUUUUGCUCUGGAAAACACCUGUUCAGCUCUCGAAACUUUAAACUUUUGUCUUGCAACAAGCAACACCACAGUACAGCAGAUAUGCAUUGCGGGGAAAGGCCUUGUUGAGUCGAACACAAUGUGCAAAAAUUAUAGCUUUCUCACGGUAUCCCUAAGACUCCUCGGUAUACAGCCACAAGCCGUUGUAUUACGAUAUAAAAUGCAGCCAGAACGAUUUUGCAAUUCCCAUUUUGAAAACUUGAUAAAUACAAAGAAAAAAGGUGCCCAAAGGUUGACUCUAAAAUUUCGCAAAACGAAUCAAAGAUGGGUCUUUUGAGGAAAACCUGGAAAGCCAGAAUUAAAUGCGAGGAGCGUUUGAAAAUGAGCGCGGAAUAAUCCUGAUAACUAGAGUCCCCUUAAAAUUUUCUGCGUACCUCUCGAGCCUACCCCCAAUACAUCUUAGCCCCCGAUAGUUCUAACUCGGACCACAUUCGUUAACUCGGACCACUUUCGUCGAUCAUGGUUGUAUUACACUAUCCGCUCCUUGCCAGCCCCCCCCCCGCUUUAGGAGACACCCACGAGCAAGCAGAUUUUUAAACGCCCCCACCCUUUAUGUUCUUUGGGGUCCUAGCUUUAUAAAUCUUUGUAUGACCUGUUCUUAUGCUAGUUUAAUCAAACUCUAAAGAUAAAUAUGAAUAAAUUUACAUAAUCAACAUAAAUAAAAAUAAAUAAAAAAUACACUAUCCAAGGACAUUAACAGGUAUCUGGAUUAGUAUUAAUGUAACGUAGAUUGCUACAAAAUUUCUUCCCAGUAAUGGCAAUAUUGCUUAAGCCACCUGUCAAUAAAACACUGGCCAAUUAGUAAGCGUUCAAGCUGUAUGAUUCUUAUUGAUUAAACAUCUAUUGCUUGACAGAUGACUUAAGCAACUUCAGUAUCUCUCGAGGUGCAGUUUACUUCGAAUCUAGCCUUCUUUAGCAUUGUUGAACGUUGGUAAAGACAGUGUUUGUAGUUGAACUUGAAUAUAUCAAAUUUGAUGUAAUCUACUGUACAUAAAAAGCUUUGAAUACCUUGGGUUGUGUAACUGUUAUAUAUAACGUUAAAAUUCUAUUUGGAGGUAUAUUAUGAAGAUGAGAAAAAGGUACCAGAUAAAACAUUAAUGCUUUUUUUCUGCAUUAUCGCUCUCGUGUUUGGUUCGACCAGCCUAUUGAAAAUAAAUUGCUCGAACCUGUUGGCCUAAACGAAACAACAUAUUGGCUUUAUUCUCGCAAACCAGAGACUUGAUUUUUCAAUGACAUGUUUCUAUUCGAUACAGUUGCAUGACAAAUUUAACACACAUGCUUAGUCACACCAUGGAAAGCUUAACAAAAUCACAUUAUUUUUUCAAAAACUUGGCAGCAAUUUGUUAGUAGUUCUUAAACAGUAGUAUAAGCAUUUCGUUCUACACAGAUUUGCUGCCUUCAGUAGGAUGACAUAGAGCACUAGCUAUUGCAGUAGUGUAGACAUACUCCUUUUCCCAUACACGCCCCCAAAUAUACAGGGACGCCGGAAUGAAGAGAGGGGCAAGGGGCAGGCUUCAGUAAGGGGGCAUUUGAUAAAUCAUUCCCAGCUUCUACUGAUUUUUCAUAGUUCUGUCUCGAAUUUCUUUAGGCAUCUUAGAAAAAGCCUUAAUUUUGGCACACCAAGUUUCGAGAGAUGAAUCUCUUUGAUAAUCACAAAAUGCUGAUGUCAAGGGCUAUUUGUUGAAAAGGGCACUUUGAUACCCUCGCCCCUCCUAUCAAAGGGUAAAAGAGAUGGUUGACCCCAAUGUUCCGACGUCUAUGAAAAUAUAUCCAGUGAUACGCAAUUGAUCUCAUCGCUUCCAUUUCUUUGUAAAACCACAUUCAGUUUUGCAUGCUUAAGACAUCCUCCUAAAACGAAAAUGCUUAAGACACCCUCCUUUCCGACUUAGCUUGCCUCGCAAGUGUUUGAUGCCGAAUACAGGCCUGGUUGAGUUGACUCUGGACUUGGAAAUUGAGCUUUCAUAAUACUCGGAAGCAGCGAGACCUGAGGGGUACAACCCUACAAUAAUUGGCUAACAUCUAACAAGAAGCACAGAGGCCUUGUUUUUCUCACAGCCACCCUCCUAUACCCCCUACGAAUUUCAUUCCAGUGGCCCUUAGCUACUAGCACCCACCUAGAUAACUGCUUCAACUUAACUGAAAGCCGAUUUCCACUAGGCGAAUUCUUUCGCGCGAAUCGAACAAAUAUUCGAAGCGAUAGAGUAGGACCGUGAUCUACUUUCUGCGAAUCGAAUUUUUUCGCUGCAUAAUCUGAGAACAUUACACCACGCAUGCUCACAUUGGCAAAAAUUCAAUUCGUGCGAAAGAAUUCAUCUAGUGGAAAUCGGCCUUUACUUUAUUAUCCGAUUAUUUUCAGAUUUUGGACCAAUAUCGAGCGUGAUAGUUUACUUAUUCCAAGUUGUUUAAAUAUAUCCUCAAGUUUGGCCUAAUGAACCAACAGAAUUUCGAGAAAACCAAACAUUGCCAUAUGUCAAUAUAAGUGAAGCCAGGAAAGAAUAACACAAGAACUCCAAGUCGGAAAAAUGUUUGUACGCUUGGAAAUUUGAGCAUCGUCAACAAAUAUUUUUCUCUGUUUUUGGGCUUUUGACCACACGCAACAGACGUUUUGGCGGGCAGAAUUUGAAAGUGACCCACGGUAUGGUUUUUGCGAAAUUGCAAUUAUAAACGGGGUUCUGUUAAAAGGUCUUCAUAAAAGAUGCCAAACAACCAAAUAAUCUGACUGAUAUACAUGGACUGCGUGCAAAGAAAAAUAAGGUUAAAGGGAAAAGCUGAAAUGGCAAAAUUUGGCACACGCUGUAUGGAUGCCAGGGUGCGCAGCCCCCGCUUUUUCAGUAAAUUAUACUUGCUUUUAUUGAAAAAGAAAAGCAUUUCUAUAAGCCUCUCGCCCCCUUGAAGUUCGGUGUGAAGUUUGUGACAAGAGGUUUUGUGACGUUUCCACGGGCGUUCACGGUUGUGUAGGCGUCGUUGUGCAGGUGUCAUUUCUGAGAGGCUUAAGAAAUACACGUUCUGCUAAACAGACUAUCUACUACAGUAUCUUCUGUCACUGGGAAAAAAACAAAAACAACUUGCAGAGCUGCAAAAAGUUGUUGACCUUCCUCCAAACUUGAAUCUAUGCUCUCAACCUGCCUCAUUUUAACACAAUAUAUAAUUACUCGAAAAUGGCUCGACGGUGUUUUGUGAGCCAGACAAAAGCCUGUAAUUAGGGAUCUACCCAUAUCAUUUGUCUGUUUGAGCGCAAGUGUCAGGACUCUAACCAGGUUUUAAUACAAGGGAGGCCACAGUCUUAAGGAAGCGAUCCAUAAAUUGAAAUGUAUUGGGGAAGGGAAGGGGAAAACAAAGGGUUCAAGGUAAGAACAUCUAAAAGCUACUGGGUGUCCAAAAAUAUACUCCCGUUUGCAAAAUCGCCAAAAUGAUUCACUUAAUUUAAAAACAAAUUAAAAGAUGAGCUUUGCCUGCAAAAAUAAUUUGUUUUUGAUCUACUAGCAAGAUAAUGGGAUUUGAAGAUCUGCAUUACGAUAAAAUUUUGAUGAUUUUGCAAACAGAAGUACUUUUCUGGGACACCCACAAGAUAUUUAUUUCUUGAUUUUAAUGUACAGGCUAACAAGCUAACAAAACAUGUCCAAAUGAGUUCACCUAAUAAUGUCAUUGAAUGUCUGGAUUGUUAAAUGGUAAGAAAAAAGGCAGCCGGGCGUUUUUCUCUCUUUAAUCUAGCAAUGACUACCGACUCUGUCUUAUUUGCACGUGUGACAAACCUGCCAUCAAGUG